AGGAGUCAGCGAUCUUGCGUGAGGCAACACUCGAGGAAGAAGCAGUUAUCCAGCGUGGCAUUUAUAUCUUAUAUAAAAAGUAACCUCAGUUUUUGGCUUUUGAGAGUUUGAUAUUUUUUUUGGGACGAAAUAUACCCAAAAGGAGCUCUUAUGUAACCCCCUCGGAGAACCUGCGGAUUAACAUCUUUUUGAAAACCGUGGGAUUGUGGUUCAUUUUGUCGACGCGCCGGAUACUUGAAGCCGACAGAGAGGCUCAACUCCAGUCCAAUCGUCCUGACAUGGACACAGGAAUCAUACCUGAAAAGAAAAGGGUGAGCUCGGAGCGCAGGAAGGAAAAAUCGAGGGACGCAGCAAGAUGCCGUCGUGGAAAGGAGUCAGAGGUGUUCUAUGAGCUGGCCAAGCAGCUGCCCCUCCCCCACAGCACCAGCUCGAGCUUGGACAAGGCCUCCGUCAUGAGGCUGACCAUCAGUUACCUACGCAUGAGGAAACUACUUUGCACCGAUGAGCCACUGUUGGAGAAGGAAACAGAGCUCGAUAUUCAGCUAAACAGCUUCUACCUAAAGGCACUGGAGGGCUUUCUUAUGGUGCUGUCUGAAGAUGGAGAUAUGAUCUAUCUGUCAGAGAAUGUCAACAAGUGCCUCGGGCUUGCACAGUUUGACCUGACUGGGCACAGUGUGUUUGACUUCACACAUCCCUGUGAUCAGGAGGAGCUGAGAGAGAUGCUCAUCUACAGAACAGGCUCCAAGAAAGUCAAAGACCCAAAUACAGAGCGAAGCUUCUUUGUCCGGAUGAAAUGCACCCUGACAAGUAGGGGYCGCACCGUCAACGUUAAGUCAGCUACAUGGAAGGUGCUUCACUGCUCGGGUCGUGUUCAUGUUCAUGACACUGCUGCUGAGCGAACCACCGAGGGGCAGAAGGAGCCCCCAGUCCCGUACCUGGUUGUGAUCUGCGACCCUAUCCCCCACCCUUCCAACAUCGAGGUCCCUCUGGACACAAAGACCUUCCUCAGCCGCCACACGAUGGACAUGAAGUUCACGUACUGUGAUGAGAGAAUCACUGAACUCAUGGGUUAUGAUCCAGAGGAUCUGCUGCAUCGUUCUGUAUACGAGUACUAUCAUGCUCUGGACUCGGACCAUCUCACCAAAACUCACCACCACUUGUUUGCUAAGGGCCAGGUCACCACCGGUCAGUACCGAAUGUUGGCCAAACGAGGGGGCUUYGUGUGGGUGGAAACACAGGCCACUGUCAUCUACAACAACAAGAACUCUCAGCCACAGUGUGUCGUCUGUGUCAACUUUGUGCUCAGUGGGAUCCAGGAGGACAAACUGAUCCUGUCUUUGGAGCAGACGAAGGAUGUGACGCCUGUGAAGGAGGAGAAGGAAGAAAAAGACCAGGAGGAAGAAGAGGUUGUGGUCGAGAGCAGCAUCUCCGUCCUGGUGAAAGAGAAGGAGAAGACUGGAGAACUGGACGUGGUGAAGCUCUUCACAGAGAUGGUUGGGCCUGAGCCGGUGGGCAGCCUGUACGAACGCUUUAAGAAUAACUCUGAGGCUCUCACCCUGCUGGCACCAGCAGCCGGGGACACAAUCAUCUCCCUGGACUUCAGCUGUCCUGGUACAGAAUCAGAUGUCCAUGACCUGAACGACAUCCCUCUCUACAACGAUGUAAUGCUGCCCUCCACAGGUGACAAGCUGACUCUGCCUCUGUCCCCUCUGGCCCCCACUGAGCCUUUUAUCAUCUCCAACACCCACUCUGAGGAGGUGAAGUCAGAGAGCCKUGCUCCAACCCUGACCACUACUCCUCCCCACGCUUCUUCUGAGUCUGACGGUCCUUUAGGCUUUUCUUUCCCCAUGGAUUCAGAUAUGAACUCAGAUUUCAAACUGGACUUGGUGGAGAAGUUUUUUGCCAUUGACCCAGAAUCCAAACCCCAGUUCAACACACAGCCAAUGGGGGACUUGGAUCUGGAGAUGUUGGCGCCCUACAUCCCCAUGGAUGACGACUUUCAGCUGCACUGUCUCACUCCAGAGGAGCCUCUAACUUGUGGACCAGUCAAAUCUCUUGAGAGUUCCCCGGUUCCUGUCAAACUGGAAGCCCAAAGCUAUCCCAACUCUUUAUUCAGCCCACCAGGCAGUUGCACAGCUUCCCCCCCACCACCAGAGCCCGUCAGUACGCUUCCUCUAGCCACCGUUGUUUUGGCAAGGGCUCCAGAGAAGGAGAAAGCUGUGCCUCCCAGAAAUCCAGCAGCUCAGAACACACAGCGUAAAAGAAAACUGAGCGAACUAAAAGAGAUUAUUGAACAGGGAAGUUUGUCCCAGGAGCAAGUUGAGAAGGGCAAAAAGCUGAAGGCAACAGAGCCAGGAGCAGCCAAAGCUUCUACUAUACUUCUACUGCCUUCAGACGUGGCGAGUCGAUUGCUCGGCACCACCUCAGACGGCACCGGCCUGCUCUUCACCCUGCCACACCUCACCAGCUACGACUGCGAGGUGAACGCCCCCCUGCAGGGUCGUCAGUACCUGCUGCAGGGGGAGGAGCUGCUGCGGGCUCUGGACCACGUCAUCUGAGUCAGUACUUCACUGCUGGACUAGACCGGACACUACAAUUAGUCCCUGACAUUGUCACUCCUUCUUCCAGACCCCACCCCCCUCUGUCCCCUGACCCACUUACCUGACCCCACUGCCACUUAUUUAUGUAUCUUCAGUAUGAGUUUUAACUUCAGUUUGGCUGCUGUUUGUGCACAUAAUUUGAUAUUUGCAGCAUUCCACCGUGACAAACACCAUGGCAGCACAUUGGUUUUGGUGCAAAGGAUUCAGGCAUCAUAAAAUACUGUUUUUUUGUUUUUUUCAUUUCAUUUGUUCUCUUCUGGGGACUCUCUCAGCACACAGCGCCUUGACAGAUGACCCUUUCUCCAGCAGGUCACCAAGAACCUGGCGCUACUGCCAGCCGUGUAUUGUAAGCUUCAGUCGCACAACUAUUUUCUUAAGAAGAAAAAUAAAUAUUACCAGCAAUAUAUAUUAAGCCUUUUUAAAAGUAGAUUUAAUGGAAUAUGAACAAUUGCAUAUUUUUUUCCUCCCAUACUUGUAUGUUGUAGUACUUGUACCUAAAAGAUGUCUUGAUUCCAAAAAGUGGAAAAAAAAAAAGUUUAAACCUUAAGUGGUUUGAAUGUCGUCUCCAUUGAAUAGUCGUCUUUGAGCUAAAUGUUUAAUUGUGUUGCAGUCCAGUACAUGUCACUUUAUUAUGUGUGUGUUACUGUACAUAUACCAGGGAAAAUUGAAAUGUACUUAGUACGGCUUCACGGCUCAGUGAAAUCUGCGAGUAGCUUUUUCACUUUAAUUUCCUCUCCUAUGCAGGAUUGGGGUUUAUUUUUUUACAUGAAGUGAAUUCAUGUUCAGUUCUUUGUGUGACAUGCUCAGUUUAGAAAAAAAAUUUGGAAUCCUCUUAUUUUUGCUCUUAAUCAUCAUCAUAGCAACGUUUGUGCUCGACAGACUUAUUUACUCACUAAAUGGUAGUCAGUUUAAAACCAUUGCUCCUUGCCAUAGUGUUGAGUCUCAUGCUUUUUGCUGUUUAACAAUAAAUGGCUUUAAAAAUAAAAA